GUGUGGACUUCAAAGUGAAGACUCUCUCAGUAGAAGGGAACAAAGCCAAACUAGCUAUUUGGGACACAGCGGGGCAGGAACGGUUUCGCACUCUGACGCCCAGUUACUACCGCGGCGCGCAGGGAGUCAUACUCGUUUACGAUGUCACGAGACGUGACUCCUUCACGAAACUUGAAAACUGGCUGAAUGAGUUGGAAACCUACACAACGCGUAAUGACAUUGUGAAAAUGUUGGUCGGGAACAAAAUAGAUAAGUCUGACCGUGAAGUGGACAGAAACGAAGGACUGAAAUUUGCCAGGAAGCACUCAAUGCUUUUUAUUGAGGCCAGUGCAAAGACCAAAGAUGGCGUCCAGUGUGCCUUUGAAGAGCUAGUGGAGAAGAUCCUCCAGACUCCAGGACUCUGGGAGAGUGACAACCAGGGUCAGAAGGUCCAGCUGGGGGGGCAGGAUCAAGGCAGAGGCCGGGCCUGUGGGGGUUAUUGUUCCAUACCCUGAAAGUGGACAAAACAACAACAGCCUGAUGGGAAUGACUACGGACCAGAGAUAGAACGUGAAAUAAAUGGUUUUUUUUUAAGGAUGAAGUUAAAUAUUAGAGUUCUGUUGUUCGAAUGAAUUUUGCAGUUUGCACAAUCACUGUUCCUCCAACCUCUAAAGUGUCACCACUCUAAGCUGAAGAAAUGACCUCCUGUCCACGGGGGGGUCAAACCACAGGUGCUUCCUGCCUGGUUAAAAUCGGACACAUCGACGAGCAUCAGUUUCACAUUACACAGCUAUUUACCCACACUUUACGGUUUCCUGCAGCUAGCUGUAGCACAGCAGUGCUACAUGGUGGAGUCCCCUCACCCACGGUUCAUGAAACUAGCCGUGUCCUGAAAUGAGUUCUCAUUGGUUCUUUAUGAAACGUCCUUGUUCUGUGGUUCGUUUGUUCACUUCUGGGACACAACUGCUUCGUGUAUUUCUGAGGUCAAAACUCUAAAAGUGUGAGAACUGUAGCCAUAGCUAAUUGCAGAAUGGAAAAACGUUUGCAGGAACACAUGGGAGCUGUUUGAAGCUCAGCUCGUUAGUCCAAUCACGUAAACUCUUUGAGCUGAUGUUACUCAAAGGGCUAUCUGUAACAUGUAAGAUGUUGACUGUUGGCAACCUUUCCACUUGGACGUGGUAAACGUGUGGUUGUAGUUAGCCAGCAGUGACUCAUGAACAUUUGAGCAUCAUGAAGUGGGUUCAAUAAAAACUUGAGCGUAGUUAAGCCCACAUCGUAGCACAGACUGAGGGUGGUGCCAGAAGGUUCUCAUCACACGAGGCUCUUACUGAUGGUUCUUCAUCUAAUGCUUCCAAUGAACUAAUUUCACGUGUUUUUUUCCAGAAUCAUGUCAAACUUUAUUCCCUUUUGAGACAGAAACAGCAGCUUGUUGACUCCAGUUGUUGCAGUCACUUCAUUCUGGUGUGUCUUUGAUUUUACUCUUCAGUCACGUGUAAUCCAGAGCAGAGGUGAUGAAGGUUUCAGAC